AUGGCUUGUGAAACCACUAAGAGAGAAAUAGCGUUGCCGGUAAACAUAGCCGGUACCACCCAAGAGACUACGUUUUAUGUAAUCGAAGGGGACAUGAGGUACAAUGCCCUGUUCAGCAGGCUAUGGAUCCAUAACAUGAGGGAUGUGCCCUCGACCCUUCACCAGGUAUUAAAAUUUCCAACUCUAGAAGGGAUAAAGAUGGUUUACGGAGAGAAACCCGCCGCAAAAGAGAUAUUUGUCGUCGAUGAAUCGAGUACUGGGGCUACCUCGUUCUCAUUGGUUUAUGGCACCGAAGCUCUAAUACCAGUCGAAGUCGGGGUGCCAAGUAUCAGAUUCCGAUACAUAACAAAGGAAUCAAAUGACAAAGCCAUGAAUACGAGCCUGGAGUUGUUGGAUGAAAGACGUGAAGCCACCCUUGUUCGAUUGGCCGCACAAAAGCAACAGAUCAAGAGGUAUUACAUUCGAAGAGCCAACCUUCGAUACUUCAAUAUCGGGGAGUUAGUACUAAGGAAGGUCACACUAAGCACCCAAAAUCCGAACGAAGGGAAAUUGGGUCCGAACUGGGAAGGACCAUACCGGAUUCUCGAGGUCACAGGGAAAGGAUCCUAUAAGCUCGGAAUGAUAAACUGA